GUAGCAUCAGAUCGGAACGCUGCCUCUAGCUGCGAAGUUCGCUCCUCAAGACUCCAAAAGUAGGAAUAAUGAAUUUAAGCCGCAACGUGGUGCUGAUGUGCGUCUUCAUAGCGUCUCUUCAAGGAAGCGAUGGAUCCAGGUUACCCGUGUCCAAAACUGACAAGGAACACAUGCUGAAGAUACUGGAGGAAAUAAUUCACCCUCUCCAAAAUUAUUAUACCACAACUGGAACAGAAUGGAUCGGGAAUCCUGUGUUUUCUCCCUAUCUGGACCAGAUGAAUUCCAGGGCUUUCUGCACCUGUCAGACGAUGCUGCUUGACAGAAUUUUAAAACUCUACGAAGAAAUCUUCACAGAGAUGAGCAACAACUCGGAGAAGAAAGAAGUAAAAAACAAUCUAAAGAAUGCAGUGACGGAGGUCAAAAAGCUGAGACAUAAAUACAAGGGAGAGCACGAGCUUUGGAGAGACCUCCAGGACAUCAAUCUAAUAAAGGUGAGAAAUGGUACGGUCCAGAAGGGAGCACUAAAUGACUUUCUCAUGGUAUUUGAUUUGGCCUAUUGAGAAAAGUAGCAGACCUACAGAGAAGCCCAGUACAAGAUGAAGGAUGAAGAAACAAGUGUUAGACAAAAGAACAAGACUUGUAUUGCUAGCUGUAAUAUUAAUUAUUUAAUUAUAUUAUUUAUGACCUUAUCAUUGUUUUCCUUAUUUCACUGAAUACUAGUUGUUAAUCUACCUGAAAUGUACCUGUUCUGUACUGUUUUGAUGUACUGUAUUGGUUUCAUUAUUAUUUAGCUGCUGAUAACCAAACAAAAGUGACUCUGUUUCUAUAAU